ACCUUUUCUGUGUGUUGUUGCUUUCCAUUCUUCCCUCUCUAAAACCUCUUCACCUUCCUUCACCGCCUUCCUCUUCCUCUUCCUCUUUCUAUGGCGGCGAAACCCCAGAUGCCAAUCGCCAAGAAUUUCUGAGGAAGCCAUGCCCACCUUCGCCCCUAUUGCCUUCCAAAAUCUGCUCGAACCUGACUCCCUCAAGAAGCCUUCCUCAAGAAAUGGGGGACCGAGGCACUUGUAUAUAUCGCCGGUUCUGUAUGCCACUCCGGAGCAGGCUCCCAUACCCGAGUGUUCUCCGCCGGAGCCUCUGUCACCUUCUCCCUAUUUAGUCAAACAUAAGCGCCGCCGCGGAGGAAUUGAGAGGAAAGUUGGAGUUUCGGAGUUGCCCUCCGAGGAGAACGGUGGUUUGACGUUGGAGGAGGUGGGGGAGAAUUUUGUGAAAGAGGACUUGGUUGGAGAAGAAGAUGAGGGGGUUUUUGAUCCGAGGAGUGAGGCUGUGAGCGAGGGAAGUGAGUUGGAGGCAUGUGAUUUGAGUAGAAAUCAAAUCGAGAGCCAGAGUUUUGUUUCUGCUCAAGGGGAAUUCUUCGACGCAAUUGAUGAAUUCUCCUCUGAUGGGUCCAUCUCCAAUACAUCUAUGUAUGAUUCUAAAAUUGAAUCAGAAUUGCAUGCCACAAGGCUCAGUCUUGUUGAGGAGAUCGAAAGGAGAAAGACUGCCGAGGAAACUCUUAUUCUGAUGCGCAGUCAGUGGGAGAGGAUUAGCAGCCUUAUGUCUGAGGUUGGUUUAACAUUUCCUGCACCUCCAGCUGCUAGAGAUAGCACGCAGCUGGAGAACAGCUCAAUAGACCAAAUUUCCCAAGAAGUUGUUGUUGCUAGAUUUGUUGCUGAAGCAAUUGGAAGAGGCCAAGCACGUGCUGAAGCUGAAAAAGCUGCUUCUGCAAUCAUUGAAGCAAAGGACCAGGAGAUAUUGCGGUUGCGUGAUAGACUGCAGUACUAUGAGACUGUUAAUCAUGAAUUGUCCCAGAGGAAGCUUGUCGAGGUUGCACGUAGGCAGCAAGAAAGGAAAAGAAGUCGGCGGAGGUGGAUGUGGAGCUUAAUGGGGCUGUCUCUUGCAGUGGGGGCUUCAUUGGUUGCUUAUUCAUACAUUCCUCACAUUAGUGGAUCGCCCAUGCAAAUCUCCGAGAACUCUGCUGACACCUCUUCCAUCAGCACCUCGGAGGCCUAUCAAGGAUGAAUUUGUUUUCUAUACUUCGAUAUACUCUUUAUGCUACAAUUUGAAAUGUUCAGAGCUUAGGUAGGUGACUCAAUGAUGCGGCUUGAUAGUCGAUCUUCUAAAUUUUCUUAGAUAGUCUUUUUUUCUGACCUCAACUUCCUGUUGUUGGCUUGUAGCCUUUUGGUAUUAUACUUGGGCUGAAUAUAAAAAGUAGAUUUCAUGGGAAUAAAUUUCUUUAUCUCGAGCAGAUGCCUUGCGAUAUGUAAUCCGACCAAGCAAGUGUAUCAUUCUUGUGCUGUUUGGAAAAAUCACUUUCCUGUAUGAUAGAAUC